AUGCACACCGUUCCUUUCUUUUCACCUCCAACCUCUGAUAUCCGACCCAUCAUCAUCGCACACGUUGCAGGCUAUCAUUAUGUCUCCUUAGAAGUCUCCCUCAACCCUUCACUACCUAUACCUCAUCCUAAUCCGGAAUGGUAUAGUCUACAUGAUCAAAGUGCACAAGGUUGGGAUGGUAUCUAUUGCCCAAAUGUGGAGGUUUUCAGAAAGUUAGCAAAGGCAAGCAGGCGAGCUAGAAAUGAAGAAUGGGCUCAAAGUCGUGCAGGUUUACCAGAGCCAGAUGCAAUAUCACUGGUCUCUGAGGAACCACAAGAAGGAAAUGAAAGUGACAAUCAUAGGGACAACGAAAAAGAAAAUGAUGAAACUGCAAAAAGUUCUCCUCUAUCUAGCCCCCGAUCUUAA